AUAUUAAAAAAAACAAAACGUGCGAACAAUCAUUAGAUUUUAUUUACUAUUUCUUUUGAGAACGUAUAAAUAUUAAAUGUUUUAAAAGUUCAAUUUGAUUAAUUGUUAAAUCUUUUUGAAAUGGAAGACAUUUCUGAAGUAUUGAAUCAGAAGGCAGCCAAAGACCAAGCUGCCCAACGUAGUGUAGCUGUUUCCAAAGUUUUGGAACCGGAAAUCGAUUUGGGGACGUUACUUUGUUUUGACUCUAAUGAUUUUGACACUAAACAACUUCGAUCUGAUCAAGAGUCUUAUUUGGCGAACGAAACUCGUGAUAAUGUGCAAUUGUUAAUUAACAAACUGUUUGAAUUGCCCAUGAAAACUGAAGAAGGUUAUAUGUAUGUUGAUUUGCCAGAACCAAGGUAUAAUAUCCCUAGAGAAAAACCUUUGCCAGCACCUAAAGCGCUCACUAAAUGGCAGAAGUUUGCUAUCGAAAAAGGUAUUAAGAAAACUCCCAAACCUAAGAAGUCAUGGGACGAUAUACUCCAGAAAUGGGUUCCGGCUUAUGGUUAUAAAAAAGCAGCCGCAGAAAAAGAAAAAGAUUGGAUUUUGGAAGUCCCAGGAAAUGCGGCCGAUCCGAAUAUUGAUUUGUUUGCUCAAAAAAGAGAAGCCAAGAAAGAACGAGUGGCCAAAAACGAAUAUCAAAGAUUACGUAAUAUCGCCGCCUCUCGUAAAAUCAAAGUUCCUACUGUCGGAUUACCACCGCUAGAAGGCACCUUACAUUCAAGCCAGUUAAAAACGGCUGUUGAUGUUGCAAGAAUUUCGACCGCGUCAGUGGGUAAAUUCCAACAAAAAUUAAAAAAAGAAGAUCUAUCACAAAAGAAAAGCAUACCGGGACUGAAAAAAGAAAAAGUUCCUGCCAAGAGCAUGAAAGAAGAAAAACAAAGCAGUCUUCAAAUAUUAGAAUCAAUUAAUAACAAAAAGCCUAAAUUCAAUUUGGAAAAAGCUGCAAAUAAAGCGAUCCAUGCGGAAGAAUCACAGAGAUUUAGAGCGAAACAAGAUGGUGAUAAAAAGAAAGGAGGACGUGGUCGCAGUAAGAGUUCUUUCAAGAGACCUACGGCAAACACUGGAAAGCGUUUGGGUAAACAGAAAGGUGGACACAAACGUAGAUAAACUGUUUGAAACUGAUUAUUAUUAUUAUUAUGGUUUUUUACAAUGUGUAUUAAACGUUCUUAAUGAGUUUGUUAAUAAAAUAUGCAUAACAAAUCUA